AUGCCCGUCUAUAUUGCCGUUCAGGCUCUCUUCGAUGGCGUCUCGAGCAUACCAUAUGCCUGGCCUGUCAUCAAAGCUGUGCCAUGGCUUGCUCUACUAUAUUUCCUGAAAAUCUACUUUGGCGGCGCCACGAACACCUCCGAACGAAAGAUGCACUCGAAGGUGGUCAUGAUCACGGGUGGCACCGCUGGUGUUGGCGCGCAAGUCGCUCGUGAAUUGGCAAUCCGCGGAGCUCAGCUAGUCCUCCUGACCCAGCAUGAGCUCUCCGAUCCUUUCCUCGUCGACUAUAUUAUGGACAUGCGAGCCCAAACCAAGAACCAUCUUAUCACCGCCGAACAUUGCGACCUCUCUUCUCUGCAUAGUAUCCGCCUGUUCGCUACCAAAUGGGUAGACAAUGCUCCCCCUCGCCGCCUGGACAUGAUCGUAUUAUGCGCCAACACCCUGACUCCCCCAGGGGGUAAGGCAACCACAACGAAGGAUGGGCUCGAGUCAAGCUGGGGACUGAAUUACAUGGCCAACUUCCACCUCCUCAGUAUACUUAGUCCCGCCAUCCGAGCACAACCUGCCGACCGAGACGUCCGGAUUCUUUUCAGCACUUGCAGCUCGUACAUGGGAGGCCAACUACCAGGACUUGAGGCGGCCAACAAGGAUGACAAGAAGACUGUGAAGCCAAAACCGAAGAAGGGCGGUCGGGCUCCUGAGCCUGUCAAAUUUGCGGCCUCCUCCGCAUUUGCGACAUCGAAACUCGCUAUCAUGACCUUCGCCUCAGCGUUCCAGAAACAUCUCUCGACAUAUGUGCGCUCCGACAAGAUGCCAAUGAAUGCGCGUGUGUUCGUUAUCGAUCCAGGCUUCAGUCGGACGCCUGGUAUGCGCCGGUACCUUACCUUCGGCAGUCUUUGGGGCUUAGCGUUGUACUUGGUGAUGUGGCCGCUGUGGUGGUUGCUCCUGAAAAGUCCUCAACAAGGUGCACAGACUUACCUCUGGGCAGCCAUGGAUGUUCAACUCGGACGUACAGAGGGUGGUAAGUUCCUGAAAGAAUGUCGAGAGGUUAAAUUCAUGAGGUCGGAUGUACAAGACGAAAAAGUGCAAAAGGAUCUAUGGGAAGCUACCGAGAAGACCAUAGAGGCUUUGGAAAAGAAAGGCGCAAUGGAGCGCGCAAAACAGAAGAAAGAAAAGGAGGAAGCGGAGAAGACCAAAAAGGCUGCCGAAAAGAGCUCCGAGAAGGAAGGCGAGGCACUCAACGGAGAUAAUGAGGCGAAGAAGCCUGGUUCUAGGCGAAGCAGAAAAGCAGCUUGA